UGGGACGCGAGCACACGGCUGUUUGCUCUGAGCGGUUGGAUUUGUGGACAGAGUUUCAAACACUUCGGGCAUUUCUCCGCCUGCCGCCCCGCGGGAGCAGCUCGAAGAGUUAGGCAUUGUGGAAAGACUUCUGGGACAAUGGCAGGUUCAGAUUCUGGAGCCACCAAUUAUCCUGACAUUGGUUUCACCGGUACCUUUGAUUAUUCAGACCUCCCUUCUCCGUGUGAUAAGACUGAAGUGCAGAGUAUUAUCAGUACAUUGCAGCCUUGCAUCUACUCCCUGGUCUUUAUUCUGGGCCUAGUAGGGAAUGGCCUGGUGCUUGGGACAUACGUCCAUCACAGGAGAAUGAAGGCAACGACUGAUAUGUACUUGUUGAAUCUGGCCAUUGCAGAUCUCCUAUUCCUCCUCACCUUGCCUUUCCUGGCUGCCAGUUCCCAAACUGGCUGGAUCUUUGGAAAAUUCAUGUGUGUAAUUGUGCAGAUCUUAUACAAAAUGAACGUGUACAGUGGCUUCCUUUUCCUGAUGUGUGUCAGUGUUGACCGGUAUUUUGUGAUUGUCCGAGCCACUGUUGCUCACAGACUUCGGUACAAGCGACUGCAAUACAGUCGUUUCAUUAGCUUCAGUGUUUGGCUCCUGUCCUUGUUCCUCAGUCUUCAGCAGUUGAUUUACACCAAAGUGGAAACAGGUCCUGAAGCUAUCUGCUCAGUCAGUUACCCUGAGAACAUGAACACUUGGAUCAGAGUGGCUACCCCAAUCCUGCAGAUGGUGCUGGGAUUCUUUCUCCCAUUAUUAGUCAUGGUUUUCUGUUAUUCUGUUAUAAUUAAGACUUUGUUGCAGGCUCGAAACUUUGAAAAGCACAAAGCAAUCAAAGUGAUUCUGUUAGUGGUUCUGAUAUUUAUCGUUUUCCAAGCACCAUACAACAUCCUCAAUAUUAUCAGCGUCAUGGACACAUUGAGGGAGAGUGGUCUUCCUUGUGCUGAGAGUAAGCAGAGGGACAUUGCUGAGCAGGUGACCAGCUGCCUGGCCUAUACCCGCUGUUGUCUCAAUCCGAUCCUGUAUGUCUUUGUUGGAGUGAAAUUCAGGAAUAACCUGUUGAAGCUGCUGAGACCGCUGCGGUGUAUGGAACAGACGCAAACCAUCUCCUCAACCAACAGAUCAACAUCAGGCAUGAACAUAGACAGCAGCAGCACCUUUGCUUGGUAAUCUGCUCUGGAUUCCCAUAGCUCCCAGCACCUUCAGUACAAAUUACAAGUGGAAUCAAAGUGGGAAUACAGUUUCUUCCUGAGAGUGAAGACAUUCUGGUUAUAGAUGAGGGAGGAGAGGCAAUGGUUUGGG